UCACAAAAUUGUGAAGUUAGCAGAAAAGCCAGUGGAGAGACGGAGAAGAUGCCUUCAUUCUUUGGAAGCAAUGAACUGAAGCAAAAACGGCCAUUGUAAUGGUAAAUUGCUGACAGAAGGGAAGAAAGGGGUGAUAAUCAAUCAAAAAUGAAGCCCUGGCUUGCAUUGGAGGAGCUUAGUCCCCAAAUGGGUCCAAAUAUGUUAUUUUCGCCUUUUGCUUUUUAAUAUUUGGACGGUUUAUGCGAAACAGGAGCCGGUUAGCAAUGUCAAUGGGAAAGAGGCAUGAAUUGAAGCAUCUUACGUAAGAAAAGUUUUGCAGGAAGGGAAAUGCAUCCCAGCGAAACAGCAUCAGAAAGUUGGAGGCUCUGAUACAGAAAUGAUAUGCCGAAGUGUGGUUUUGGGGAGUUUUCUGCGCAGCGUUCAGGAUUUUGGGUCAAAAAGAAAAGGCACUCCUCUGGCAAGCUUCCUAGCAGACUAUGAGGCGAUUCAUCAUGGAUGUGAGGCAUUUUAAUCUUCCGCUGCCCUGUCCCCAAAUCCUUUCAGUUUCUGCUUUUGGCUUCAUUGGAGGUUCUGGAAGACAAAGAUGAGGAUGUUGGACAAUAUAAACAGGGGCAUUAUUUCGUCUUCAAAAGGGAGCCUAGCCCAUAAAGGAAGAUACAUUUAUUUGGAGGCUUUGCUACACGGAGGAGCUCCAUGGGGAUUUACUUUGAAAGGCGGACUGGAGCACGGGGAGCCAUUAAUCAUCUCCAAGAUUGAAGAAGGAGGGAAAGCAGAUUCACUGAACUCAAAGCUACAGCCUGGAGAUGAGGUGGUGAACAUCAACGAGGUGGAUCUGAGCAGUUCCAGGCAGAAAGCCAUCUCUUUGGUGAAAGGCUCCUGCAAGACACUGAAACUGGUUGUUCGCAGAGAUACACUGGCAACAAAGGACCGUACUGACAUUACCGCUUCCCAUUCCCUCAGUUCAGAGCGUCUCAGGUCUGACUUGCAGUAUGACAAAGCAGGAGGAGUUAAACUACGGCUAAAGAACAGACGGAGUGACCCCGUGGGCCGACCACACUCCUGGCAUUCAGCCAAGUUCAUCGAGAACCAAUCUGAUCUCAGUAUGAUGCAAAUAUCUCAGGGUAUGAUUGGCAGUCCUUGGCACCAAGCCUACCAUUCCAGUUCCUCCACAAGUGAUCUUUCCAGCUAUGACCAUGGCUAUCUAAGAAGAAGCCCUGACCAAUACAGCUCCAGGGGGAGCAUGGAGAGCUUGGACCACACCCCUGCAGGGUACGCCCAACACCCCUGCCACCUCUCGCCUGCCAAAUCAACCAAUAGUAUUGACCAGCUUGCCCAUCUCCACAGCAAGAGGGAUUCAGCGUACAGCUCUUUCUCAACCAACUCCAGCAUCCCUGAAUAUGCAGCCCCCGCCUUCUGCAAGGAGCGGUCCUACUCUAUGGAGAAUGUGCAUUCCCGAGGAAGGCCGCAGGAGGGAGGAAUGCGGCAGGCGGAUAUCAGGUACAUUAAAACUGUCUACAAUGCCCAGAGAGGGGUUUCAGAAGAGUAUGAGGUCAAGUCUUCUGCUCUCCUGCCAAGCUGUGAAGCCCAGGCAAAAGGUUACAGCUCCAGCAGGUUUCAUGGGUCCCACAAAGGUCCACAAACCCGGAGUUCGUCUGACAGCGAAAGCCUGUGUAUGAAGGCUCCUCCCCUGCCACCAACCCGUAGUGAUAGUUAUGCAGCAAUAAGGCACCAUGAGAGGCCCAGCUCCUGGUCAAGUCAUGAGCAUCGGAAGUCGUCUAGGACUCAUCCCAAAGGCGCUUGGUGUCAUCUGGGCCAAGGCACUCCUCCUCCCGGACAGCUCCAGAAAUCUGCAUUUUUAGAAGGACAGCUCCACACCGUGAUAGAGAAGAGCCCUGAGAGCAGUCCCACUGUGAAGCCCAAGCAGGUCUACUCACAGGCAGCUCAGCCAGGCCAACCAUUGCUUCCGACUGGUGUUUAUCCUGUUCCCUCACCUGAGCCACACUUUGCUCAGGUCCCUCACCCUUCUGCAAACAAUAGUGGGAUGCUUUAUCCAGCACUUGCCAAAGAGAGUGGGUAUGCACCACCCCCUGCUCCUUCUCCAGCUUCCUACGAAAAGGCUGCUCCCUGUAGGCCACAUUCUGGCUUGGAUGAGAAUGGAAACCAAAGCAUUCCUAACAAGGCUGCCAUCUUCUACCAACCUGAAUAUAUGCCACCAGUGUCAGGGAAGAAGAAAGAGGUGGGUGAUGCUGCUUCAAAAUUUGCCUUGUACAGAAGUCAUCCUCAAGCCUAUGCGACAUCUCCAAGACAAGAUGAGUCAGAGCCCUCCCACAAGCCAGCAUCUGUCAUCCAGGAGAACAUAAGAAAUACUCAACUUUCAAACCACAGUCCUCAACCCUGGUUGUCCCAGCCAACGUAUGUGAAUGACGGGAAUCAUUCUUUUCAAUCAAAAGACUGUGGUUCAGAAGAGCAGCUAGAAGAUAAGAACCCUAACCAUCAGAGAGAUUUCACAACACAGAACCAGUGGAGCUCUGGUAAGACCAAGCAAUAUGGCUUUUCCUCCUUGCAAAACAUCCCCGAGAGCACCAAGUUGCAAAACAACAUGGAACUGAAGGAGGUGCGGCCAGGUAAAAGUUAUGCUGGUGCCAAAUGGCAUUUUAUCAAUUAUAGUAGCCAAGAAGAGAAGGAAAACCAAGGACAUCUCCCUGAAUACUGGCAGGACCAAGAAUGGCAAGGCUUAGAAGUAAGUUGGGAUGCCACAGAGCAUCCCCAUGGUUUGGAGCCAAAGUAUGAGGAGCCCUCUUCAUUGCCCCCAAAGUCAUCAGAUUUUGGCAUUCGGCGGCUCAGUUCUAGCAGCACCCAAAGCAUUCAGAACUCUCAGUAUGGGAGAAUGGAACCCAGGAAUGCCCGGUGUUCUGUUCUAGAAAAGGUUAGUAAGAUAGAGCAACGUGAACAAGGCACUCAGCGGCCACAAAAUUUGAGUUCAAACUGCUUUGGUCAGAAUUAUGUGUCCAACAAGCCUAGCCUGAAUUCUGUUGAGGAGAUCCGAAACAGGCAUAACUCCCAAGAGCAUGGCCAGUUUCUUGAUGAGCAUGGCAGAAUGGCCAAUGCAAACAGCUCAGGCCAGAACCCUUAUAUGCACCAUCCAAAUGAGAGAGGGACUGGCAAAGCGGAGAGGGCUAACUGGCAUUCUUCAGAGCAGCAGAUGUCAGCAACAACGAUUGUGUUAGCAGUGUCACCAGAGCAGAAUAUCUAUCAUGGUGGGCCUUCUGAAAACCAGUCUGGGCAUCUGCAACGAAGUAGAAGUACGUUCCAGUUGGUGGAGGAACCUGAGAGGGAGAUUGUAUGGAAAGUUAAUGUCCAGGACGUGAACAACUCUCAGCUGGACAUUCCCUUUAACAGGGCAUACAGGAAUAGUAUUAAAGAUGCCCAGUCAAAGGUUUUGAGGGCCACCUCCUUCAGGCGCAAGGACCUCAACAUUAACCCUCCAGUUGGAAAGGAGGCAAAAAGGCGUGUACAGAGGCCGGCUUCAGCACACCUUGGGAUGCGGAGCAGUGCGGCUUCCCCACAUACCCCAAAGGAGAGACAUAGCAUUACACCAACAGAGACAAAAAUGGAUUAUACUCAUAAAGAGAGUGUCCCCGGGCCUCAGCACGUACCUCGUAUUGGGAGUCGGAAGCGCCUGACAGCUGAACAGAAAAAGAGGUCGUACUCUGAGCCAGAGAAGAUGAAUGAAGUGGGAGUUUCCGACUCUGAGCUUUCUCCUUUCUCCCUCCAGAAGCAAGUUCUCCAGUUUGUUUUUCCAGAGAACACAGUGGCUGACAGACGCAAGAUCUUUGAGCGGGAGAACAAGACUUGCUCUACCAUCAACCUUUCCAAGCCAGAAUUGAAGCAGCUCCAGCAAAAUGCGCUCGCUGAUUACAUUGAGCGCAAAACUGGGAAGCGCCCCUCUUCUGCAUCCCAGGAUACCAGCCUCCCACAUGAAGGUUCUCAGAUGCCAUACUUCCAGACAAGUGGCCAAGAUGGUCAGUCUCUGUCGUCAUCUUCUAGCAUUAAUUCUCUUCAGGACCAAAAUCUUUACCAUCACAGGGAGUCACUAGAUCGGGUGUCUAGAACAGGGCGCGGCAUUGUUACUCUCCCUCCUGGGCUCACAGGCUGCUUUGAUCUCCAUGAGUUUGACAAGAAGAAGAAGACAUCCCACCGAAACAGCAGCGGUAGCAAGAGCUCUUUUCCCAAUUGGCUGAAAGCAGAUCGACACCAUGAGCACAGAGCCAAUUUGGAGCUCAGCAAAAGCACUCAGACUGAUCUUGAGAUAUGUGACCAGCCGUGCCCUGAUCACCAACCCCGGGAGAAGAAAGCACACAGCAAGAAGCCUGGGAAGUCAGCCUCUGCAGAGGACUUGCUGGACAGAUCCGAAAACCAGGCGGUCGCUGUCCAUGUCCGUUCCAGGUCGUCCCCCAGUGCAGAUAAGAAGUGCCAGGACUUGCUGAUGGCAGAAAAUCCUGAUUUCAGUCGCUUUGUGAAAGAUCCUUUCUACGUGGUGGGUGCCGGAACCAGAUUGUUUGGCAGCAAAGAAAGAAGUCAGAUGGAGAAAUCAGCUUUCACGCACUACCACCCCCAUCUUAAUCGUGGCAGUGAGGGUGUCAAUAGUUCAUCUGCACUGAAUGAGAGCCAAAAAGUCCUAGAACCCCCUAGGCAUCUCGGCAGGAUUUCUGCAUUUUCCACACCAUCAACAGAGACGAAAGGUCGCAGGUCUGAUUCUAAGCAAGGCACCAGACAUAUCAGUCUUUCCAGAUCUGGCUGGUCAUCUCCUCAUGCUGCUAACUCCAUGUCAAGUCCUACAGAUUUCCAGGUUGCUGCUGAAGGUCUAGUACCCAGGCGGCAAUCCAGAUCUGACAAGGACAACCAUAGCAAAGUUCAGACCCAGAUUCUGGAGAAUACCACCCCAACCCCUGAGGAGUCAACAGAAGAAGCAUCUUGGAGGUGGAAAGGAUCAGUGUCUCAAAGAUACCCCCCGCCUAAGCUUAAAUGGCUCAAAGAGAGUAGCGUCACAAGGAGCUCCGUGUCUCCUCAGACACCUGGGCAGAAAGUCUUCCCAAGGUGGCAAAGCUUUCCAUCUCAAAGCAGUUCCUGUUCUGACCCAGAGACCCCUUCUAGCCAAGGAAGACUCUCACUCCGCAUUUCCGAGUCUUGUCUCCAGAUGUCUCCUCCACCGCUUCCUCAAGAAGAAAGUGACGAUGAUGUUUUCCUUAAAGACGGGCAGCCAUGUCCCACGGGCCCUGCUUCGGAGAGUUCACCCCAUCCAUUGCCACCUCCGCUUCCUGAAGGGAGCCCCAACACCAUUGCAGGUGACAUGGAAGAAUUCCCACCUCCACCUGCUGCUAUCUUGGAAGCUGAUGAACCUGCAGCACAAAACUCUACAAACCUUGGAGAGGAGGAGUCUGAAGCAAGAAGCUCGAAAAGGUUUCCCAAGAAUGUUAGUGAGAAGGAAAAAGAACCAAACACAACCGCUCCCAAGAGUGGCCAUGCUGCUUCUCUUCCAUCUACUACAAGCUCAGGAUCCAAAGCAAAUGGUGCCACACCUUCCUUGGAAGCACAACAGCAGCAGAAUCCAGCCAACCAAGACUCAGUGGAUAAUGCCCCUCUCAAUCCGCCCAGAGAUCUUACCGAGACAAGUGGGGAGCCUGAAAACGAGAGUCCUGAGAAUUACACAGGGAAGAUUAAGAGCCCGGAGGAUAUCAAAGAGGAAGCCUUAGCUAAGGAAAUUAUCCACAAGGAUAAGUCAUUAGCCAGCAUCUUGGAUCCAGACUCCAAGAUGAAGACCACCAUGGAUUUGAUGGAAGGGAUAUUUCCCAGUGGAGACAGGUUGGUGAAAGAGAACAAGAAGAGGAAAACAAUGCAGAAAAGGCCCAACAGUCCCGCCAGUAGUUCCGUUCCAGAUGAUAAUAGGAAAGACGAACCUGCCGCAAAGGAGUCUGCCAUGACAUUGGUCUCCUGUCCGGCUUAUUACAAUAUGUCUGGACCCAAAGCUGAGCUUCUGAACAAAAUCAAGGAUAUGCCUGAGGAGGUCAACGAAGAUGAAAAAGAGGUGGACAUCAAUGAAAAGAAGGCUGAACUUAUUGAAAGCUUGUCCCAUAAAAUGGAGACCUUAAAAGAUGCCAAGGAAAGCUUGUUGGCAGAUAUCAAACUCAACAAUGCCUUGGGAGAAGAAGUAGAAGUUUUGGUCAGUGGUCUGUGCAAGCCAAACGAGUUUGAAAAAUACAAGAUGUUCAUUGGAGACCUGGAUAAGUUAGUCAGCCUCUUGCUAUCGCUCUCAGGACGCCUGGCACGAGUGGAGAACGUUCUCAGCAGUCUCAGCGAAGAUGCUGACAAUCAGGAACGGAACUCUCUGAAUGAGAAGCGGAAAAUGUUGGCCGGCCAGCACGAAGACGCCUGCGAGCUGAAGGAGAACUUGGACCGUCGGGAGCGUGUCGUCUUGGAUAUUUUGUGCAAUUAUCUCUCGGAAGAGCAGCUUCGGGACUACCAGCAUUUCGUGAAGAUGAAAUCUGCGCUCCUCAUAGAACAGCGCGAGCUGGACGACAAGAUCAAGCUGGGGCAAGAGCAGCUCAAGUGCCUUCGAGAGAGCCUCCCCUCGGACUUCACCCUCCCCAGCAAAAAGGCAGCCGAGCCUUCGGAGACCAGCAGUAGCCACAGACCUCCGCCUCCAACGUCCUCCCUCUGACCAGAUGGGAUCGUGUCAAAACCUUCUUGAAAUUUUAUUUAAUCAGAGACAGCUUUUAACUUUUUAAAUCGAUGAUGGGAUUCGCUGUUUCCUUUUUGUUUUGUUUUGUUUUUGUAAUUAACAUAGGGAAAGCUUUCUCUUUCGUCUUCUUGAAAUUACAACCGAAACCUCUCUCAAUCCCAUGAGAAGGGACUGGAUAUCUCUGGCUGAAAGAGAUGCAGAAAGAAACCAGCCGCAUGUGACUCUCCAAAAGGUUGGCUCGUCCUAGAUGAACACAAGCUAGUUCCAACUUGAAAAGGAGUCUUGGGGGGCCCCUUUGAGCCCCGGUGGUCACUCAAUAAUGAAGGAUAUACAAUAAUGAAGCCUUAAACUAUUAAUGAGAUACCUGCUGUCUUGAACAAUAUCGGUAUUUAUAUUUUUUUGAAAAGUACAAGAUAGAAUUCUGUAAAAAAAAAAUUGUAUAUAUACGCUAACCAGUUAUUUGAUUCUACUUCAAUGUGGAUGUAGGAGAAAACGUUUAAUUAUUAUUAUUUUUGGUACUUAACAGAGGAAAACAAAAGAGGAACCCUCCACAUGCCCCCCAAAACACCAUAGUCACACACCAUAAAGUUGGAGUAGUGGUAGUGAGUAUCUCUUAAAAGACUAGCAGGGGAAAAAUAAGCUUCAGGGCCUGAUCCAGGGAGGUUAGUGCGUGCACAUGGAAAGGUUGCAUGCAACUACUCGUUUGUGUGCAAGUUAGACCAAACAUGAUGCGUGGAUGCAGAAUUAUGGCGACCGUAGGAGACCAAUGGAAAAUGCACUCUCAGUUUUACUGGGUGGAGAUCCCCAGUUAUAGUGCUAUGGGUCAUGUCCACACAUGCGCAGACAUAGAUAUACAACCUAUGGAUCUGCCUCCCAAUUUUGGCAUCUUCAUGAGCAACACUAUGUGUGAUACACACAUAAAUCUCUGCCCACUCCAACCCACUUGGCAGGAUCCAGUGCAGGUUUAUGAGCAAUCUUCCAUGUGCAGAAUGCCUCUCCUCUGCCCAGCCCAGCCUUGGCGCACCAGGCAGUCACUGGCUUUGGGGCAUUUCUCUCUUUCAGAACCCGCUGAAUGUACCCGUAAGUGACCUUUCAGAGAAAUCUUUGCACAGCAAAAUACCGUCUUCCAGACCUGCAACGAAUAAGCACUUGUGUGAACCAAACAACUCAGGAGUCAGCGUCAAACUGAAGCAAAGAGAUUUUCUCCUUGACUUUGUCUUUCCCUCUCUUUCUCUCUCUUGAGCUCAGUGACCGGUUAAGAAAACAAUAAAGCCAGAAAGCAUGGAA